AUGCCAGCCUCAACGGUAGCAGCACGCGUCGGCUUCAGAACCGCCGAGUCGACCUCCCGUCUGCGUGCCGCCCGAGCUCGAUUGCAACCCGCGAGACCCCCCUGUCGGCAUGCCUCGACGUCGUCCGCCAGCAACUCGGCAGGGCGUGCAAAAGUCGUCUUGUACGGGAGCGCCCUGGCGGCUUCAUUGUCCAUUGUUUACCUCUAUGCGACCGAUACGCGAGCCAGCAUCUACCGAUGGGUCGUGCCGCCGCUGCUACGACUGGCGUAUCCCGAUGCCGAGGAUGCCCACCACGCCGGCACAUCCAUGAUGAAGCUCCUGUACCAGCUGAAUCUUCACCCUCGAGAGCGCGGCUCUUCGCUUGAUACGUCGCAACUUUCGGCGCCUGUCUUUGGCGCUCAGCUGAGCAACCCCGUCGGCAUCUCGGCGGGCCUCGACAAGGACGGCGAGAUUCCCGACGCGCUCUUCGCUCUGGGCGCAGGUGUCGUUGAGAUUGGCGGUUGCACGCCGCUCCCACAAGCCGGAAACCCCAAACCGCGCGUCUUUCGAGUGCCCGCGCUCGACGGCAUGGUGAAUAGGUAUGGACUCAACUCUCGGGGGGCCGACGACGUGGCCCAUCGCCUUCGAGAUCGGUUGCGGAGAUUCGCGCGGUCGCUAGGAUUGAGCGAGAGAGACGUGCUCGAUGGCCAGGCGGGAGUCCCCCCGGGGAGCUUACAGCCGGGACGCCUGUUGGCCGUGCAGAUAGCCAAGAACAAGGAGACCAACGAGAGGGACGAGAGGGCCGUCGCCAUGGAUUACGUCUACUGCGUGCGCAAGCUGGCCCCCUAUGCCGACGUGCUGGUCGUCAACGUCAGCAGCCCCAACACGCCGGGCCUCCGAGACCUGCAAGCAACCGAGCCCCUGACAAGGCUACUCAGCGCCGUGGUGGAUGAGGCAUCAAAAACGGAUCGCAAGACGCGGCCCAAGGUCAUGGUCAAAGUGUCCCCGGACGAGGAUGAGGACGCGCAGAUGGAAGGCAUCGUGCAAGCCGUCCACGUGAGCGGCGUCGACGGUGUCAUUGUGGGCAACACGACCAAGAGACGGACAGGUUUGGUCCCGCAAGGCCUCAAGCUUACCGGCAAGGAGCAGAUGGCCAUGAUGGAGCAAGGGGGCUAUUCCGGCCCCGCCAUGUUUGGCCGCACCCUGGAUCUGGUGACGAGAUAUCGCAAGCUCCUGGACUCGCAGUCGCUCAGCUCCAAGGCGGGUGCGACAAAAGGCGGCGGCAGCGACGGGCGCAAGAUCAUCUUUGCGACGGGAGGCAUCACAAACGGCGAGGAAGCGUUAAAUGUGCUCAACGCCGGCGCGAGCGUGGCCAUGGUCUACACGGGACUUGUGUACGGCGGUCCCGGCACUGUGACGAGAAUCAAGGCAGAGAUGAGACAGCGGACGUGA